UCCUGCCACCUUUCCUCUCCCUUUCCAGUGGCUCCCUUCUCCCAUAGCAGUGACCAGCCCACAGCCCUGCAGGAGAAAUUCACGGCGUGGGAGUGCAACUCAGUGGCGGUGUCAGAAAACAAAGGCCGAGGCUGGAUGUGCUGCCCGAAGGGCUGGAGAAGGUUUCAAAACAGCUGCUAUUUUCUGUCCCUUGAUAAGAUGUCCUGGUCUGAGAGUGAGCAGAACUGCACUGGGAUGGGCUCCCACCUGGUGGUGAUCAACAGUGAGGAAGAGCAGGUUUUCCUCUCUAAA